AUGCAUCGUGAUUCCUGUCCAUUGGAGUGUAAAGUUUAUGGAGGUAAUCAUGGAAACAAUGGUAACAAGACUGAAUUGGAACGAGCUGUAGGCUAUUAUGGACCACUCCGAAGUGUGUGGGUUGCUAGAAACCCUCCCGGCUUCGCUCUUGUUGAACGUGAAGAUCCCCGAGAUACAGCCGAUGCUGUCCGAGAACUAGAUGGGAGAACACUAUGUGGCUGCCGAGUAAGAGUGGACCUGUGGAAUGGGGAAAAGAGAAGUCGAAAUCGACCGCCUCCUUCUUGGGGUUGUCGCUCUCGAGAUGAUUAUUGGAGGAGGAGUCCUCCACCUCCCACACAUCUCCGAGACGGAGAAGCUUCUCUGUCAGCCAGAGCAGGUCCCUUUCUAGAUAUAGGAGAAGAGAGAGAUCACUGUCCCAGGAGAGAAAUCACAAGCCGUCCCCAUCUUUCUCUAGGUCUCCUAGCUGAUCUAGGUCAAAUGAAAGGGAACAGAAGACCACUUUGCAAGACGAGUUGUGUACAGGCAAUAACUUCAUUUGACAGGAGUAUGUACAGAAAAUUCAAGUUUUGUUUGAGACUUCAUAAGCUUGGUGCCUUUUUAAAAUGUUUUCGCUGUUCACAUUUGUUUGUCUCUUGGAACAGUGACACAUAA